GACGUUCGCCUAAUAAAAUUUGCCUGUGAAAAUCAGAAAUAUGUUCCUGGAGACGUGUUUGUCUUCAGACCAAAAAAUCUUUCGUGGCAGGUGGAAGAGUUCAAGAAAGUACUGUCAUCGAAUGGUGUGAUUAUUCCUCCAGAAACUGUGAUAGCAGUCAGUAAAAAUGAUCAGAACGUUCCUGUACCUGAAGUAUUGAAAUAUGAAGUGACAUUUGAACAGCUGUGUAGCGAGUAUUUUGAUCUGAUGGCAAUACCCAGAAGAUAUACUUUUAAUGUAUUAGCUCAGCUGACGGAUAGUGAGUUAGAGCGAGAAAAAUGUUUAGAAUUUACAACAGCAGAGGGCCAAACUGAUUUGUAUUCCUACACAUACAAACCCAGGAGAAACAUAGUUGAAGUAUUGAGCGAUUUUCCAAACGCUACAAAAAACUUGACCCUCGACAAGCUUCUGGAAAUAGUACCUCCUAUAAAACCCAGGGAGUUUUCUAUCGCAAGUAGUAAUAAAGUGCAUCAUAACGAGGUUCAUAUACUACUUGCUGUAGUUAGAUAUAAAACAAAGCUAGUGAAAGAGAGAUUUGGUUUGGGAUCGAACUGUUUAGCGGGAUUAAGAAGUGGGGAUAGCGUAACGUCAUGGAUUAAAAAGGGUUCUUUCAAGUUCCCGAAGGAUUACGAGAGACCAGUCAUAAUGGUGGGGCCUGGGACUGGUGUAGCUCCUUUUAGAAGUUAUGCGUUUGAACGAUAUGUAGAAAAUAAUUCAAAUCCGAAAAAUCUCAUUUUAUUUUAUGGUUGUCGUCAUCCCAAACAUGACUUUUUAUGUAAAGAAGAUUUCGAGUUUUUAGCUGAACAGAAAAGGCUAUCGUUCAUUCCUGCAUUCUCAAGAGAAGGAGAAACAAAAGUGUAUGUUCAAGACAAAAUAUUUGAAAAUAAACUACUAGUUUGGGAGGCAUUGCAGAAAGAUGCAUUUAUUUUUGUGGCAGGUAAUGCAAGAAACAUGCCGCAGGGAGUUAGACAAGCUUUUAUAGAAGUCAUCAGAGAAUGUGGAGUUAUGACAUUGGAAAAUGCAACACAUUAUGUAGAAAAUAUGGAGAAAAGUGGUCGAUAUCAAAUUGAGUGCUGGUCAUAAUAGUGAAUUCACACUUCGUGAUUUUAAUUGUAAAUUCUACCAAUAAAUAUUUGUUGUUGACUGUUAUCAAAA